AUGACUCAGACCCUCACUGCAGGUUGCAUGCCCAAGGCUGGCCGCAAAAAGUACUACGCGGUACGCCGUGGACGAGAAGGCCCAAAAGUAUACGAAACAUGGGAGGAGUGUAAACUCAAUGUAUCUCGUUUCCCUGCCCCGGCGUACAAAAGUUUUGGUGCUCGGGCAAAGGCAGAAGCAUGGAUCAAGGUAAUCAAUGCCUCGGACCCUAUAGUCAAUAGCAAGCCUCGACAGCCCACCUCGGGUUCCAAGUCUCAUGCGAAGCCCCAACAGCCUCAAUCCAAUGCGCCUGCUCCGGUAGCUCCUGUUCAAUAUCCGCCAAUACCUCAGACCGGCGAUAUUCGAGAAACAGAGUCAGAUGUUCCUAUAGAGCCGACAAUCAAACUCUCGCUAGAACAGCAACAAGUUCUCAACAAAGUCAAGGCCGGCGAGAGUGUCUUCUUUACAGGUUCCGCAGGUACGGGUAAGUCAGUCUUGCUGCGCGAAAUCAUCAAGUCCUGUCGCGAAAGUGGCCGUCAAGUAGCUAUCACUGCGUCUACGGGUAUUGCUGCAGUCAACAUCGGUGGCUCGACCGUGCAUUCAUGGGCAGGCAUCGGACUUGGCAAGGAGCUCAAGGAGCAGCUUGCCAUGAAGAUUCUGGGACAGGACAAAUGGAAGCGCAUCAAGGACAAGGAGAGACACUGGGAGCAGGGGCUUCCUUCAGGGAACGAAUAUGACAGCGACGAUGCGA